AUGUCAUUUGUAAAUGGUUCAAUUGAAAUAAAUGAAAAAAUUUCAAGUUCAUCAUUGGAAAAAUUAAUUAUUUUAUUAAAACGAAUUAUUCGGUAUACAAAUCGUCAACGAAUAUUUUAUUUUAUUCCAUUAAUAUUAUUUGAAUUAUUAUUUCCAUUAAUAUUAUUUAUAAUAAUUAUUUUAUUUUCUCAUUAUUUAUUUAAUAAUAAUGAAAAUAAUUAUUUAUUUAAUAUAAAUGAUCAACAUAAAAAAUGUUCUAUUGAUCCAUAUAUAAAUAAUAAUACUUUUUAUGAUGAUUUAUUUUUAAAUGAAUCUUCAAAAUUAAAUAUAAUUCUACGUUAUUUAAAUAAAACAAAUGAUAAUUAUUUAUAUAAUGAAAUAUUAAAUGAUAUUAAAUAUAAAUUAAAAGAAGAUAAUUAUUUAUUAUAUAAUAAAACAAAUAUAAUACAAUGGAAUAAUUUAUCUGAAGAAUAUAAAAAAGAUGAUUAUUUAUUAAUUAAUUAUCUUAAUUCAAUAAAUAUAAUAAUUGAUAUUGAGAAAUUAACCAAUGAUUUUUUUUCAUAUUCAAUUAUUGUUAAAAUGUCUGAAUAUGAACAAUUUAAAGAAAAAUUUUAUUCAAAAAUUGAUUUUUCUUUUUUUCAACGACAUCAACAUCCAUCUGAACAAAUUGAUUUAUUCAAAAAUUCUUAUCCAUUAUAUAUUUAUAUUAAAAUAUUUAUUGAUUCAAUAAUAUUAAAUAAAAUAUUAAAUGAAGAUUUAUCAAUAAAUGAUUUCUUAAAUUAUCGUCGAAUCAGUUGUACAUCAUAUCGUCAUCAUAAAACCAUUCCAACACGUUGGUUAUUUAUAUUUAUGGAAAUUUUAUUAUCAAUUAUAUAUUUUAUAUUUUAUUUAAUUAUAACAAAUUCAAUUAUUCAAGAUAAUAAUAAACAAAUAAAAGAAAUUCUUAAAAUAAUUCAUAUACAACCAUUAAUUAAUUAUUUAGCAUGGACUUUAAGAUAUUUAUUUAUACUUUCAUUUAUUACUUUUUCUAUAACAGUUCGUGCUCGAGCAAUUGAAAAUCAAUGUUUUGUUGUGGCUGCUGCUCAAGUUGGUUGUCAUUAUAUGAAUCGUGAAUCUUAUGGACAUUCAUUGGUUGUUGAUCCAUGGGGAACAGUUCUUUUAGAUAUGAAUGUUGAUAGUCCAUCUGUUCGUACAAUUGAUAUUGAUCUUUCACGUAUUGAACAAGUUAGAGAAAAAAUGCCAAUUAUUGAACAUCGUCGACAUGAUAUAUAUACAUUAAUGUCACCAACAAUUAUUAUUGUACCAAUUGAUGAUAAAAGUGAAGAAAAAAUUCGUUGGGGUCAAUUAGAAAUAAAUACAAGUCAAAUAUUUUUUCGUUCAACAUUGACGUUAGCUUUAGUCAAUAAAAAACCAGUUGUACCUGGACAUGUACUUUUAUCGCCAAUUCGUUGUGUUGAACGAUUUUGUCAAUUAAAUUCCAACGAAAUAAAUGAUUUAUUUCUAUGUACACAAUUAAUUGCAAGAAAAAUUGAAGAAUAUUAUCAAGCGAAAUCAUUAAGUAUUGCUAUACAAGAUGGAGAAUAUGCCGGACAAACUAUUAAACAUGUUCAUGUUCAUAUUCUUCCACGAAAACCAGCUGAUUUUGAAGAAAAUGAUACGAUUUAUCAUGAGUUGGCUCAUCAUGAUAAAAGAAAACAAGGAUGGAGACAAGAACAAGAAAUGGCUGAUGAAGCAAAAAUUCUAAGAGAAUUAUUUUAUACGGAUAUGCAGUGA